AUCAUAUCAUCAUCGCACGCGUAGCCAUACGGUGCUGACGCCUGCGUCUUCCUCUCUCUUUCUAUUACCGGCAUUCUUUCCCAGCUUUUCCGUCGCCGAUACGCGGGAUGAACGAAGCGCACAGCGAUUCCACCACGACGCCCAUCACCACCACGCUUUAACACCCCCAUUCCAUCCAUUGAGAUGGCAUCAAACUCUUCGCCCGCCGUGCGCAAGACAGGCGCGCCCGAAAAAAAAUACAAAUGCCAGUUUUGCAACCGCGCUUUCAGCCGUAGCGAACAUAGAUCGCGACAUGAACGCUCACACACAAAAGAACGACCAUUCAAGUGUGCCAAGUGUCGCUCGACAUUCGUACGUCGCGAUCUCCUCCUACGACACGACCGCACCGUUCACGCGAAAGAUGGUGGCGCGCCCCUCCCCAGCGAGCAGAAGCGCCGGACAAACACCAAGGCAGCCGAACAGAAACAAGCCACGGCCGAAAGCGCGACGACACUCGAGCGCAUCGAAGCCGAGAACGAUGCGAUGCACGAGGAUGAGGACCUCAACGCGGCGGCCAUGUUGAUGACAGACUUCCACCACAAGGCGAUGGCGAGCCAAGAACCCGAGAUGAUUCCCGAGCACAACGAGCCCGUCAUCUCGCCCACGGGACCAUCCAUGAUGGAGCCUGUCAUCCCAUACACUGCCCCCGGCCAGAACAUGCUUCCGCAGAUGCCGUGGCGAGACUCAAUGGUGCCUCAAUCCGAGCCCAAGUCGUCGCCCAACACCCACUCAGCCUUCAACAGUGCCAGCGCGCUCGGCUCGCAUCCCCACCAGCUCCCGCCCCUCAUGGAGCGCACCAUGUCUGGCAGCGACAGCCUCGCGCCUACCUUCUCAGCAAUGAACGGCGGCAAUGGAUUGGGUACUCCCGGUGCCCUGUCACCCUACCCCUCCAUGAUGGGACCGGUAUCACCAGUCGACUACCGCAAGUCGCCCGGCCCCAAUCAGGCUCUGAUGAUGACCCGCGCCCCUCAGCUGGACUCUGAAGAGCAGUGUGCAAGGAUCUACGAGAACAUUAAGCAGUACGACAGUGAAAACUCGCUCCUGGAGACGUUCCACUUGCCUAGUCUGAACACGCUGAACCGCCUGUUGAAGACGUACUUCGAUCUGUUCCACCACCACCUGCCUUUCUUGCACCCCGCUACCUUCAACCCCACCGAGGUGUCUGCCCCGCUACUGCUUGCUGUGCUAUCGAUAGGUGCUCUGUACAUCUUUGACCAAGACCAAGCCUAUAUGCUGCACAUCGGAUCAAAGGUCCUCGUCAACCAGUUCCUCCAGAACAAAGAAAACUUCAGUUCCCGCAAAUGCCCGUUAUGGACGAUGCAGAGCACCCUGCUCAACAUGAUUUUCUCCAGCUGGAGUGGUGAUCCCAAGGGCCUCGAGUGGGCUUGUUCGAUUAAGAGUCUUCUUGCCAACAUGGUCGCUGGAAAUCGGUACGAGCUCAAGCUCCGAUCAGAUGCCCGUGAUGGCGCUCAGCCAAACCAUGAAGAAUGGGUCGUCGACGAGCAAUGCCGACGGACUUACUAUGCGGUCUACAUCUUCUUCGGCCUACUGACGCUCACCUACAACCACACUCCGGCAAUGGGUUUCAACGAGUUCGACACCCUAGAGCUGCCUUCUUCAGAAUCACUCUGGACCAUGGAGGUUUCGGACGACGAAGCAUGGCGCGAGAGUCUAAGUGCUUCCAGGAUUAUCACGUUCCGCCAAGCGCAUGACAACCUAUUCCAAGGCGAGACUGCUCGCUACAGUGCUUUUGCGACACGCGUCAUGAUCAACGCUCUGUUCCUCGAAGUAUGGUACCACAAGCGUAGCCCUGAAGCUCUCCAAGACGUAGUCACCGAGUACAAGCUUCGCCUGGCCCUGGAGACAUGGGAGAAAUCGCUUGAGCUUUGCGAGCCGGAGACAGUCGUUGUCCAACUGAGCGCUCCGCACAAGGGUCAUCCUCUCAUCUUCAAUGCCAUGGCACUGUAUAGGAACACCAGGGCCCGACUCGUAGUCGAUCUCAAGUCCAUCCAAGAAGCUCUCCGCUACCACGACUCCUACGAAGUAGCUGCUGCUAUGACGAAUGCCCGCGACAAGGUCCAGCGUUCACCAGAGAUGAUCAAGGUCAUCCAAGAAUGCUUCGAUUGCAUCGAGGUUGCUGCCGUGCAAGGUAUACGCUGGGUUGCUCGAACUUCCGCUACCAACUGGAGCAUCGAGCAUCCACUUACCGGCAUGGAUCUGAUGGUCAUCCUGACACUAUGGCUCUACCGCCUGGAGCACGACGAAGAGCCUGCUACCGAGGAGGAGCUAGCCAUGUACAACAAGCUGCGCAAUUUGUUCGACGACGACUCCGUGGACGUCUACGGUGCAAAGCUGAGCUCCACUGUGGCGCGACUAUGGGGCAGUAUGAUCGAUGAGGUCGUCGUUUGGGGCAUCACCAAACUCAUGGGCGAAGCUUUUAAGCUACAUUCGCAAGCACUUGUUGGCUACGAAGAUGCCAUGUCGUCUCGAUCUGGAUCCGCUACGCCAUCAAUGGCUGCUGGCGGUGUCCAAGUGCUCGAGAUGCAGAUGGCCUACUAAGCGAGAGACAGCUUCCGGAGCUGGUUGCGAUCUUCCACCAUCUUGUGUCCAUAUCGCGUUACUUUUACAGACUGUGGAUUUCUUCCUACAUUUCGUCCUCUCCUUGCACUUGGGAGCAUGGCAAGGAGUUUGGCGCCCCCGGCAUCGGUCCAUUGUCUAUUUCAUUUCAUUUCAUUUUCUCAAGAUCGGGGUAAUACGGCGCACAGGGCGGGUCUGGUCCAGAUU